GCAGCAAGGAUCAAGUACGCGAACGAAGAUGAUCGAGGAGGAAUCACUCGCCGAUGAGCAUUCCGUCAGCAGAGUUUUACGCGCGCGUUUGCAUCUCUCUGCGAUUACGUCUUUCAAUUAUUAAUAUAAAAAAUUAUAAUAAUUCGAUCGUUUUGCAUUUUUGAAUACCGCGUUCGCGCAUCGACGAAUUAUUAGCCCUUGUGUGUGCGUCGAUACAUGACUGUCAAAACAGUUCUGAAAACUUCUUUGACUAUAAAUACGACAUAGAAUUUCGACGAUGAGACUCGGGCACGGGUUGCCACUGCAGCUGCUGCUGUUGCUGCUGUCUCUGCAACUAGCCUGGCUGCCUUGCGCCGUCGGGGCCGGCAAGUCCCAGUCGCCGAAAGUCAAGCUGAUCGUGGGCGACGACAGCCGCGAGUGCAGCAAAUCUCUCAGGGAUCUCUACUGGGACUUUUGCUCCCGCAAGAAGAGAUCGUCGUCGGGCCUGCUGAUCGACGAUCCUGCUGCUGCCGCCGCCGCCGUAGCCGCAGUCACCGCCGCCGAGGAGGCGCGUUCCGCAACAGGCAUAAUCACAGAGACACAAAUAAGCAGGAUAAGAAGAACAUCUGUAAGCGACAUGUUAAAAAUAAUCAAUCCGAUCCACGCUCGACUUCAUCAAGAGGCUGAUACUCGUAAAACCGUAACUCAUGCUGACGUCCCAUCAGCGGCCGCUGAUAUUGUAAUUCAAGAUGAUUAUGAAUCAUCUUCAGAAGCUCGUUACUUACCUGAGGAAAGUCACAGUCACAUCGGCUUUGGUUCAAGCUUCAUGACUCACGAGGAUCUUUGGAUACACGAGCAGGUCACCGAAUUUUUCGAAGAAUUAAAUCGCAAUGCUCGUUCUGCAGAACACGCAGCUGCCUAUCAAUGCUGCAAAAAUUUAGAAAACUGCAAAAAGAAACCGGAACUAUAUAAAUAUUUAUGUUGAUAGUGAUUACAAAAAAUUCAUCAUCACGACACUAUUUUUCAUACUUUUCGCCGCUGUAAAUAUCCAAAGUCACUACCAUCGUCUACGUUAAAUUUUUU